UUCACCUGAAAAGAUGUUAUAGCAAACUUUCUUAAACGAUUUAAAUAGCAUGUAAGUACGGGCUUAAAUGCUUUUACGGACCUUUAUACCAAAGGAUAGAGACAAACUCUGUGCGAGAUGGUCACGUUUGUUAGAAGAAGUGAUAUCAUUCAAUAGUUAUCAUGGAUGUUCAAGUGGUAGAUGAUAGUGAAUUGAAACAGGAAGUAAAAGAAGACACAGAUGUUGCCAUUUCUUUUCCGACGGAUAUUGCACUUUACUGUGACCCUUGUCGCGCCGACGGAGAGGAAAUUCCCGCCGACGGCUACUGCAAGGACUGUCGGGAAUAUCUGUGCGCGGGAUGUUUUAAAGUUCACCGCCGCCCCACCGUCACCCGUCAUCAUAUUCUAUUGGACAAAGAAUAUAUGCCUCGUGACGUCACGAGUGUUAACGCGGCGAAGGACGUCUGCACGGAACAGUGUAUAAAACACGAGCACAAAAUUGUUGAAUAUUACUGUCGAACGCACGAAGAACUCGGAUGCUCCGUGUGUAUGACAACGCGUCAUCGCACGUGCUUAAAUGUCGAUUACGUACCGGAUAUCGUUGAUGACGUCAUCUUUGAAAAUGAGGUCAUCGCUCUGGAAAAUGGUAUAAGCGAACUGAAGGAUUUCAUUAAAGUUGGGCACUCAAGAUUGACUUCCCUGGACCGAGCUAUUGAUAUUAAUGAGAAAAUGGCAUUGGGAAGAGUUAGAGACUUAAGGGUAAAACUUGAUACUUACUUCGACAAACUUGAAAAAGUUGUAACGAAAGAUAUAACAGAACUGAAAGAAGAUGAUAGAAAGAACGUCAGCAGUGUCAAAGAAAAGCUUAGUAAAACCUCAGCGAUUGUUGAUACGUAUGGAACAGAGAUUAGUGAAAAACGAACAGGAAAACAGUAUUGUAAGUUAUUCCUUUUGUUGAAAAGAAAUCAAACUGACGUCAAAUAUUUAAAAGAAGAAACAGAGAGAAUGCUAGAAAAGAACAUAAUCAGACGGUAUGAAUUUCUCCCUGAACAGAGAAUCAAAGAUAUUAAAGAUUAUAUUAAGGAAUUUGGUGAACUAGUAAUCAAAGAAUCGAGCGUCAAGGUCGCCGCCACUGCAGAAUCACUGAACGUCAAAACUGACGUCGAUCAAGUGACGUCAAACAUUUCUGGGCUAGAGCUUCUUUGUACAGACCGGCUUUUAGCGGUAGAUAGUAUGAACAAGGCGGUGAAACUUAUCAAUAUUCCUGAAAAUAAGAUCGAAGGACAGUACAACUGUCCGUCGGAGCCUUGGGACGUCGCGAAAAUCGACGGGCUCAAGGUCGCUGUCACGUUGCCGAAUAUGACGUCAAUUGAAGUUUUAAACGUUCAAGAAAAUGGCAUUAUCAUAAGGAACACACUACUAGAAGUUAAUCGAAACUGCUACGGUAUUUCCUACGCUGACGAGAAGUUAUACGUUACGUAUAAUAAUCCUGGUUGCGUAUACGUUUUAAAUCUACGAGGGGAGACUAUACACUCCUUUACACAAAGUUUCGGUGUACCCUGGUAUAUUUCGCUUAGCCCCGACUCACGGUGUAUAUACGUCGCGGACACGGGCCAGAAUUCCGUUACGUUAAUGGACGUUAACGGAAAAAUUAAGGCUGUCUUUAAGGACGAAUGUCUACUAGGCUUACGUGGACUUACUACGGAUAAGGCCGGGUCGGUUUACGCCUGCGGCUGGGGCUCAAACAACGUCGUACAAAUGACGUCAUACUGCACGAAAGAACAAACUUUACAGGACGGCAAACUACGUCUGGCGCGCCCGUACAGCGCCGCAUAUUGUGACGUCAGUGAGCGUCUGUUUGUUGGGAUGUCAAAUGAUCAGAUCCGUGUUAUCCAAUUCCACUGACCUCUUUAUAGGCACAUAACCUUCAUGGGAGUCAGAUGUGCAUCUACAAUGCCUACAGUUUAGCCGAGUCUGACGCGCAUCUACUAUGUCUAUAGUUUAGCCGUGUUUUAUGCGCAUCUACCAUGUCUAUAGUUUAGCCGAAUCGGAUGCACAUCUACCAUGUGAACAGUUUAUCCGAAUCGGAUGCACAUUAAUCCUGUCUACAGAUUAGAUGAAUUGGAUGAGUUUAGCCGAUUCGGAUGCGCAUCUAACAUGUCUACAGUUUAGCCGAGUCGGAUGUGCAUCUACCAUGUAUAUCGUUUAGCCGGGUCUGAUACGUCUUCUACCAGGCCUGCAUUUCAGCGGAGUCUGAUGCACAUCUACCAAGUCUACAGUUAAACCAAGUGGGAUGUGUAUCUACCAUAUUAACAGUUUAGCCGUGUCUGAUGCGCAAUCUACCAUGUCUACAGUUACAUGUAUCUCUUAACACUGCUCAGUGGCUAAGACGUGCAUAGUUUAUUUCGUUGACAUAUGUGAUUAUUGUUGAUAAAUGUGCUUUAUUUAUGAUAUUAACGUUUUCUUUGUAUAAUAAGUCAAUAAAUUCAAUAAUUAACUUAAUAUACUUGUUUGAAUAAAUUGCUUGUCAGAGGACAUGAUACAUUAAAAAAGUAUAAUUAUCCGUAACACGCUUAACGGGUAUAUUUUAUU